AUGUGGCUCUUGCUCCUCCACGGUGUGUUUUUCCUCCAGUGUGUGCGGUUAUCCCAGCAGCAGUUUCCCCGUCUCUGCGCCACCACGGAGGCCCUGCUCUCUAAGGAGUGCUGCUUGGUCUGGGAUAGGGAUGGCUCGGCUUGCGGGGCCAGCUCUGGCAGGGGGUUCUGCCGGGACGUGGAGGUAUCGGAUCUACCCAACGGGCUGAAUUACCCGUUCUCCGGCUUGGACGACAGAGAGAGAUGGCCUCUGGUGUUUUAUAACCGGACCUGCCAGUGCGCCUCUAACUACUUGGGGUUCAACUGCGGAGAGUGCCAGUUCGGGCUGUUUGGUACUAAGUGCGGGGAGAAGAGAGAGUCCGUGAGGAGGAACGUGUUUCACCUUUCGGAGGCGGAAAGACGGAAACUUAUCUCUUACCUCAACCUGGCCAAGCACACAGUCAGCCAGGAUUACGUCAUAGCAACCGGGACCUACCGGGAGAUGAAUAACGGGAGCACCCCACUGUUCUCUGACGUCACGACCUAUGACGUGUUUGUGUGGAUGCACUACUAUGUCUCGAGGAAUGCUCUUCUCCGUGGACCGGGGAAUGUCUGGACAGAUGUGGACUUCGCACACUGGGCUCCCGCCUUUUUGCCGUGGCACCGUGCGUACCUGCUGCACUGGGAGCGUGAUAUUCGGAAGCUGACCGGGGACUUUGAAUUUUCCAUCCAGUACUGGGACUGGCGGGACGCGCAGGGCUGUGACGUUUGCACCGACGACCUGAUGGGCGCCCGGAGCCCCCGAGACCCCAACCUCAUCAGCCCUGCUUCAGUGUUCUCUUCUUGGAGGUUUGAGGUGGGGUUUUUGAUUAAUUGGUUGAGGAGACAUGCUCCAGAGCAGACCCAAUACCCAGAGUUCAAUGCUCCCAUCGGCCACAACAGGCAGUACCACAUGGUGCCCUUCAUACCUCUACACAGGAACAUAGAAUACUUCACCUCCAGCAAAGACCUGGGUUACGAAUACUCCUACAUGCUCGACUCAGACCAGAGGAUAUCGGAGGUUCUCAGCCCUUACCUGGAACUGAUGAUGGAGGCGUGGCCCUGGUUGCUAGGGGCGUUGGUCCUGGGGGCCCUGGUAGCUAUAACUGUGGCUAUGGUAGCUGUGACAAUGACCCGGGUGUGUUGGGGUGUGUGGCCAUGGCAACGUGGGGAGUUCAGCAUUUCACCUACCAGAAUGGGAACCUCUCAUCAUCAGCAGUGA